ACACUUCUCUUUCCUACUUAUCUCUACUCGUGAUCGACAAUGGCGAUGCGAAGGGCUGCGCAGCAAGCGAUCCAAGCACUGGGAUCGAGUGUCUCUCAAUCGAGACAGCUUCAUGCAACUCCUGGGAGCAAGAAGAUUGUUGGGGUGUUCUACAAGGCUGGGGAAUACUCUGAGAAGAAUCCCAACUUUGUGGGAUGUGUGGAAAGAGGAUUAGGUAUUGGGGACUGGUUGAAAUCUCAAGGUCACCAGUACAUCGUCACCGAUGACAAAGAAGGCCCCAACUGUGAACUGGAGAAGCACAUUCCUGAUAUGCAUGUUCUGAUAACCACCCCAUUCCAUCCGGCCUACGUGACAGCAGAGAGAAUUAAGAAAGCUAAGAACUUGCAACUUCUUCUGACUGCUGGGAUUGGCUCAGACCAUAUUGAUUUGAAAGCAGCAGCUGAUGCUGGCCUGACUGUCGCUGAAGUCACGGGAAGCAAUGUGGUUUCAGUUGCAGAAGAUGAGCUCAUGAGAAUUCUCAUUCUUGUCCGCAACUUCGUACCUGGUCAUCAGCAGGUAAUCAGGGGUGAGUGGGAUGUUGCAGCUAUUUCCUACAGGUCUUAUGAUCUUGAGGGCAAGACAGUUGGUACUAUUGGUGCUGGUCGCAUUGGAAAGCUUUUGCUUCAGCGUCUGAAACCCUUCAACUGCAAUCUUCUUUACCAUGAUCGGCUCAAGAUGGACGCACAACUGGAACAACAAAUUGGGGCCAAAUUCGAGGAAGAUCUUGAUGCCAUGCUUCCAAAAUGUGAUGUAAUUGUUAUCAACAUGCCGCUUACUGAGAAAACAAAGGGUCUGUUUAACAAAGAAAGGAUUGCAAAGUGUAAGAAGGGAGUUCUCAUUGUAAACAAUGCUCGAGGAGCAAUCAUGGAUACUCAAGCAGUUGCUGAUGCAUGUGCCAGUGGACAUAUUGCAGGUUACAGUGGUGAUGUCUGGAAUCCACAACCAGCUCCAAAGGAUCAUCCAUGGCGAUACAUGCCUAACCAAGCUAUGACACCUCAUACCUCUGGGACUACCAUUGAUGGCCAACUUCGAUAUGCUGCCGGAACUAAGGACAUGCUUGAUAGAUACUUCAAAGGAGAGGACUUCCCUCCUCAGAAUUACAUUGUCAAGGAGGGUAAACUGGCCAGUCAGUAUCAGUGAUGUUGAAGAUUCAGUGAGCUCUUCCUUCUUUGAAGAUUUUCGCAAAGAGUACUAAAUAAAUUUCAUCAAUAAUCAGAUGAUCAGGAGGUCAUUCCUCUGAUGAAGUUGUUCAUCAGUUUAUGUAUGAGCUGUUUGUAGUAUCUGAAUUUUAUGCAUCAAUACAAAUUGUUGUGCCAUCUUUUUCUGAGAACUUAGAACUUCAGACUCCAAUUUCAUGUACUAUUGAGAGUGUUUGGAUGGAGGAGCUAUCAAUGGAUUGAACUUUUUUA